AUGUCCGCCUUGAAGUAUGCCUUCUUGGCCUCGGCCGCUCUUCACACCGUUAGUGCCCAUGGGACAGUAAACGGCCUUAUGGCAGAUGGAGUCUUCUAUGAAGGCUACAGCCCUCAGAUGCAGUACAAGAAGCCCCCGCCACAAGUCAUAGGAUGGUCCAUCCCAAAGGAUCUGUCCAACGGCUUCGUCGCCGUAGACAAGUACGCAGACGCAGACAUCAUCUGCCACGUCGGCGCGGAACCGGCACCGAUCGCCGCAAAAGUCACAGCGGGCUCCAAUGUCACCGUCUUCUGGACCGAUUGGCCCGAGUCGCACCACGGGCCGAUGAUGGACUAUCUGGCCCCCUGUAAUGGCGACUGCGCCAAGGUCAACAAGGCCGAUCUGCAAUUCUUCAAGAUUGACGCCGUCGGCGUCGUCGACGGUGCCAAAGCGCCCGGCAAGUGGGGUUCGGACGACAUGCUAUCCAACAACAAGUCGUGGACGAUGACGAUUCCGGCAAGCAUCGCACCCGGCCAGUACGUUCUCCGCCACGAGACGAUUGCGCUGCAUGAGGCCGGCCGGGAGGGCGGCGCGCAGAACUAUCCACAGUGCCUCAACAUUGACGUCCAGGGCGGCGGGUCCGAGAAGCCCCCCGGCGUCAAGGCGACAGAGCUGUACAAGGCCAACGAUGAGGGCAUCAAGUUCAACAUCUACAAGGAUAACCUUGACUACCCCAUGCCCGGACCUCCCAUGAUGGGCGCCGAGCAGAAGCCUACUCGUCGGCGGAAGAGAGUAACGGUCAUCUACUGA